GUCACUUAGCUCACACAUUAGUAGUUUAAUAAAAAACUAUCGAGAUGUGACAUUUGUUGCAAUAUGUGACAUUUUUGGUUGGUUCCUGCUAUUUAGUGAACUUGUUUUCAUUUCAAACAGAAAUAAAAUUCAUCUUUUUUUCCUAUAUAUUUUUGGGGAAAAAAGCUGCAAAAAUAAGUAUGAAAAGUGUUUUCUUAGUUAUUGGUUAUUUGGUGUCGCUGAUGAUCGAUCUCAGCUUGACUGAAGAUUCAGAAUCGCUCAGAGACAAAGAGGAUAGAUUAACGAACCAAUUAAAAAAGAAACUACCGGCUGUUUUUCCACCCGAUGACAUACAAAACAAGGAAGUGGUAUUUUCCCUGGGCUUGAAGCAGAUUGUGGAAGUGGACGAAAAGAAGAAUUCAUGGACAAUAUCCUUCGAGAUUCUAAUCCAGUAUUUUUCGGAUUCAGCCAAGUGGGACCCUGAGGAAUACGGAGGGAACGAGUACAUCUUCCUUGAUGACCAUUCAGUUUGGAGACCAGAAACCGCGCUUCCUUCUCUAAUCGAGAUGAUUGGAAAGAUUUCAGACAGGAAGCAAGUGCUGAUGUAUGAUGGGAGAGUGAUUGCAUAUGAUCAAGACGUGACAGGUGUGCUAUCGUGCUUAAUCAAUGUGCGCAAGUUCCCCUACGACGAGCAAGAGUGUCGAAUACGGCUGAUGAACCGAAUGCCACAUCGUAAUUGGAAUGUCACAGUGAACCCGAUGAUUCAAGAACACUUUUUGUCUUCAUACAAGGACAACUUUCAAUGGGAAGUCAUCAAACCAAUGCAAUUCAGCAUAGUUAAAAGCUAUACGCAAUACGAACAAACGGGGGUCGAGCUAACAGUCCGCCUGAAACGACGCUCCAUAUUUUACGAGUUCUUUCUCAUCACACCAAGUUUAAUUCUCUACAUCUGUUCGGGUUUUGAGUUUGCAAUUCCGGUCGAAUCUGGAGAGAAGAUUUCAUUCAUUGUGACUAUUCUGCUAGCCGAGAUGGUCAACUUCGGCAUCUUGCAGGAUAUUUUCCCUCCGAGCUUCGACGAGUUGCCGCUUCUGGCGGAAAUGAUAGCAACUCAAAUCAUCCAUAUCGUAACCCUAUCAGUCAUAGCUAUAAUCGUUGUGCAUAUCUACCACAGCAACAUUGGUUUGGAAAUGCCAGCAUACCUUGUCAAAUUAAUCUCCAGUAAGAAGCUGAGAUGUAUCCUGAUUAUACCACAGGAAAUACCCGAAAAAUCAAAUACUAUCCAGCCAACUGAACAAAGUGGCAAAGAAGAAGAUGGGACCCAAUUGAAUGACAAUGGAGCUCGUCAGCUGCAGCAGGAGUUGGAGAAGUUUUGCAAGGAUGAAGGGACUUCGUCAGAUGAUGCCCGAGACAGGCUGAGAGACAGUCAGUGGAAGAAAAUGUCUGCAGUUAUAGACCGAAUAAUGCUGAUUGGCCAUUUUAUAGUCGUGACUGUCGUCAUUUUGUACUUUUUGAUCAUGUACCAAAUUGAUUAGGUUGUCUGCUUAAAGAAUUUUAGCAGACGAACCCGUGCUGGGCUUUGAACUGAAAAAUGAAAAAGUACAAGGGUAAUAAUACAUAACUAGUCGACACGAAUGUUUUUAUUUCACAAGCAGGGGCGGAUUUAGUAUUUUCCCGGUGGGGGGGGGGGGGGGCAGAUUUUCAAAAAAUUGUGAUAUUUUUCUUGACUUUUUUUGAGGCCGACCAAAUCGAUAAUCUGAGCUAUACUAAGUCACUAUAAAGACACCAUUUUGACCAAAUUUUCUGCGCUGCAGACAAAUUUCGAAAAAGCAGGCUGAAAAAGGCGUUUUUAAAUAUUUUUGACCAAAAAAUCGCUUUUUUCGGCGCGCCCUCCCCCCUCAAAACUAGUUUAUUUUGGA